ACAGGUCAGCAUAUAGUGUCACUUCAGGUAAAAGUAAGAUUUGAAGAAAGCUAUUUUGUCCUAAAUACUUCAGGGAGAAAAAUGACCCUUCAAGACACAGGACAAACAUGGAAGUUCCUUAAAGGAUUGACUGUGGCUAUUCUGCUUAUGCAUGUUUGUGUGGUAAAAACACUUGAUUUCCGAGAAACAUGCAUCGAAUCACAGUUUGGCUACACAGAUUGGCUACAGCAUCAUAUAAAAAAAAGAGACACAGUAAAACCAACAACUACUACAACAACGACGACGACAACAAAAACAAAUUACACACUUCAAUCAAUACAUCCACUAUCAACAGUUUUGCAAAUGUCAAUGAGAAUAAAUCAAAUUUUUGAAACCAGUCUCACCAGCAAAGCUGAUCAGAAGUUCAAAUUCUAUGAAUAUCUCAUUAAAAUAGCAAUUGAAAAUAGUUACAAGAAUCUGCCUAACUACAUUCAAGGUUCAGUAAAUGUCAUUGGCUUCAGGUCUGGUAGUGGUAGCAUUAUAGUAGACUACACCAUUACUGCAAACAGCAGCAAUCUGGAUGUUACAGCCGCAAACACAGAGGUUAAUGACACUUUAGCAGCUGCAGGAAUCCCUUUAGCUCAGGACGCUUUUGCUGAAACGGUGGAAACAAUUUUGACAACCAAAGAUAAAUUGUAUCCCCUGCAAGAUGUGGAACUGAGGUGUACACGUCCAAAUUAUGUUGUGGGAACAAUUAAAUGGAGUGUGAAUGACAAAGAUCCUGCAGGAAACAGUGCAAAAUACACCAUUACAAACAAUGACAUCGGUAGCAAUCUUAUUGUAAAAGCUGUAAGUGAAAGUGACAAUGGUAGAUACUCUUGUAUAAUAGAAAGGUCCACAUUACCUUACAUUCAGUGGCAAACAGUAUCUAUUGAACCACUUCCUAAUAUUUAUUUGGACAAAACUUAUAUACAGCUUCAGUGUCAAGGCCAGACUGUCAAACUUACAUGCUGUGCAAAUGGUUAUCCGGUUGAGUGGUCUGGGAUUCCUGAUGAUGAUGAAGUGAUAAAUUCAGCAUCAGGAUUUGGCUGUAUUACAUUACAACAUAAAAUAUUAAGCACAAAUUGUGGGUCUAAAGAAAUCUUCACAUGCCGACUAAAGGACAUGCCAGAAUUACAAACAUUUUAUUAUAGCAGCAGGACAGUCCAAGUUCAGACAGUCAGAGAGUAUGACUGUAUAAAUGACAUGCUUGGAGUUGGAAAAAUAGGUGACAUUGUAACAGGAUUGUGUGAAAAAGGCCUGGAAGGCUUCAUAACUUAUGAAUGUAAACAGACAGCAGAUCUCAAAGGUGUCUGGACAGUAGUACAGAGAAAUACUGUUGUUCAAGCUAUCAAAGACCUUGAGAGGAGAUCUGAGGUUUUAUUUGUGGAUGAGAUUCCAGAAUUUAUGACAGAUCUCAGUAACACUGCAGUGCAGAGUAAUACUGUGAUAACACAAUCUGCGGACACUGUCAAAACCAUUGUUGACAUACUUAACACAAUUGCUAGUAUCUCACAAACUAUUACCGUCAGUCAACCUGUGAUGGAGGAUUUUCUUAAAACAGUGAACAUCAUUGUAUCAGAUGCAUCUAAAAACACAUGGACAGAAUUGAACAAUGACAACAAAACAGAAAACAAGGGCACUGAACUUCUUCAAGCUAUUGAGACUAUAAGUGAUCGGCUCUCUGAUGACGAAUAUAUAAUUAUGGAAACCUCCAUUCAAUUACAUAGAAAAACAAUUACAAACUCAUUCACUGAAACAUCUUCACUGGAAAACUCAACUACUAAGAUUAUUAUACCAAAUGUUCUUAAACUGACCCUCAUAACCAUUAUUAUCUUCACAAAGCUUGACAAUGUUUUACCAACUCGAAAUACUUCUAAUAAUAACAACAAGACCUCAGAAAACUACAUCAAUGGAGACGUGGUUGUUGUUAGGGUUAAUAAAGCAAUUAGCAACAUUUUAUUUACUUUUGAUACUACAAAUACAUCAUUGAAAAAUCCUCAGUGUGUCUUUUGGAACUUUUCUCUGGACCAUUGGGAUUCCACUGGAUGUAAAGUCAAGGGCUCAGCGAAUAACAUGGUUACAUGUGAAUGCGACCACACAACCUCUUUUUCAAUCCUGAUGUCUGCAAUUGAUAACCCAGCCUUAGCCUAUAUAACAUAUAUUGGUGUAGCUAUUUCAAUAGCCAGCUUGAUUCUGUGCCUCAUCAUUGAGAUAAUUGUGUGGAAGUCAGCAACAAGAAAUGACACGUCGUACAUGCGUCAUGUCUCCGUAGUCAAUAUUGCUGUUUCACUGCUGAUCGCAAACAUCUGUUUUAUCAUCGGCGCUGCAAUUGCAGAACAAGAGCAGCCAACAUCAGUGGAUCGUUGCAGUCCAGUGGUUUUCUUCAUGCACUUUUUUUACCUGGCUGUUUUUUUCUGGAUGUUCAUUUCAGCACUUUUGCUUCUUUACCGCACUGUCAUCGUUUUGUCUCAAUUGUCCAGAGCUAAUAUGAUGGUUAUUGCCUUCACUGUUGGUUAUUGUGCACCUCUGCUCAUAGCGGUUAUUACUGUCGCAUCCACAGCUGGACCUCAACACUAUGUGUCAAAAGAAAAUGCAUGUUGGCUGAACUGGUUUGAAUCUAAGGCCCUGCUGGCAUUUGUGAUUCCAGCUCUGACUAUUGUUGCCUUUAAUCUCCUGGUUUUGAUUGUAGUUGUGAGGCGGAUGAGAGGGAUUGGUGCAAAUGAGAAACACACUCUUGUAGUCAUUAUCCAAUGUGUGGCCAUUCUGACUCCAAUCUUUGGUCUAACAUGGGGAUUUGGCAUUGGAACCAUGGUGUCACGUGACUUUAGCAUUCAUGUGGUGUUUGCAAUCUUCAAUUCACUGCAGGGAUUUUUUGUUUUGGUGUUUGGAACACUUUCAGACAGAAAGGUCCGAGAGUCACUGCCAACAAAGCUGUUAUUACAGAAUCUCAGUUCCAAUGGUACCAGGAGCAAUAAUCCAGAAAGUGAACUCUCGCAAAGGAUAAAUGUGAGCAGUAUAUAUGACGCAAGGAGUGUCUCAUCAUAUUCAUCUUCUAACAGCUCCACUGCAUCACACACCUUCAUGAAUCGAUAAACAACUGUAUUGACUUAGUUUUAUUUAAAGGCAUUGAUUUGCUAUUUAUGUUUUGAGAUAAAUAUGUGAAGUAGUUUUUGGUUUUAUUAUAUAAUGCACUUUGAAUCAUGUUGUUAACAGUAUGUCUAUGAGCAGAUAAAUCUAGGGGACAAUGGGUCUAGUUGUCACAGUCUUUACUAGUUCACUAAGUAAUUUCUGUUAAGCUGAAGUUCUACACAUAACGUUCUUUGCUACGCAAGAAAGUGCCACUAGUGCACUUUUAUAUACAGAACAGAACAGAGCUUUUGGGAUAGAUGUUGGGGGCAGUUCUGGUUAGAGAGUCAGGCUUGUAAUCCAAAGGUCUCAGGUUUGAGUCUCACAGCUGGCAGUUUGUGACUAAGGUACCCUUGUGCAAGGCACAUUUUCCCCAUUUGCUCCCCAGUGAUAGCUGCCCACUGCUCCAGGUGCAUGUGUGUUCAUGACUUGCAAUGCAUGUGUUUACUACUUACUGGGAUUGGUUAAAUGCAGAGGUCACAUUUCAAAUAUGGGCUAAACACGUGAAGUUUACCUUCACUUUGAUACCAACAAACAAAAUGCAUUUAUGUAAUUGAACUUUCAACCCUCAAAUCAUUACUGUGAACCUUGUGAUAGCCUUGUUAACUUAAUCUCCAAAUCUAAAUCAGAUGUUAUGUAUUUUCUUUUUACUGAAUUGUACAAAAUUUACUCAAAUUGACAGUGCUAAAUGUUGAGGCUAGACUGAGGCUUUUCAAUUGGACAAAUUGCAUCCUAUAUUCUUAUUUUAUUUUGCUUGGAUUAAAAUAAACAAAAAUGAAAGAUAUGGCUCCUUCCUCACCAAUAAUGGUGCAUAUCAAUUUGGAAGACAAACACAUCAUAUUAAGCUAAUCAUGGACACUUAAAUAUGGUGGAUAUAAAAAAAAUGGAUAGGAAUUAAAACUAACAGUCACAGGAUUCAGGAUUAUUUGCAAGGUAAAAUGUUUUCAGUUGUGUUUAUAUCACAUCUACAGUAUGUCCUGUUUGUUGCAUUAAAACUUUGCCGAUAAGUAAAACAAAUUACAAUCAGAUGAUACUUAGGUAACUGCAAUAUAUUGGUCUUUCCCUACUUUCAGAUAUUUCAUUAGACCAGAAAUGACCAGAAUGGGUUAGUUUAUUAAACAUAUUUUUAACGUACCAAAGUUGCUUUGGAACAUGCUAUGGAACAUUAAACA